AAAUCCUUUCCCAGAGCCCUAAUUUAGUCGUGAAUAAUUUCCCAAAUCCUGAUGCGAGGAGUAGAGAACAAUGUCCAUUGAAGAAGAAGAAGAAACACAGAAGGAUGAGGAUCAGUCAAGUUUCAUAUUUCCUAAUUUGGAGGUAAAGUGGAAGAGCCGUUAGGUUUGAAUGGUAAGUUUGAGGGGGCCGUUGGAUAACAAUCCUUCGUGCCUCCUUGGUGGAGUCCAUUGACUGUUGUUUGUUCGGGAGCAAACACUAAUGAAUGAACAACCCCGUCCAGUCCAACAAUGAACGUUUGAUUUCCACUUCAGUAUGUGUUCAGAGGUAACUAAUAGUCAAUUAACUGGCCACCAAAUCGUCCACUCUUGGUAAGGCCUAAAUUCCCUUAUAAAAACAUCCAGCACUCUGCUUUUAUUCUGGCUCCACUAUGUGUUUCAGUGUUUGUUCAGAGAAUAACAGUACCGAAGCUGUCUCAUUGCUUCGCCUGCAAUGACUUACUGAUCCUUCUUCAUAUAGAGAAUAGUAUGUGGUCCCUUCCUUGAUGAAUUCACUGUCCAUGGCAUGCUAGCUGUGGUUUCAACAUCUAUGUGCAGAACAAGUAUUUGCUGUUUCUCUAAAUGAUUGUGGAAUUAACAUGCAAGUAGCUGUUGCUGGUGGUUUAGAGGCUUCUGUCAUGACUGAGGAUAUUGUGAAACCAUUGUUGGAUCCUGAGAACUUCAAUCGGGCAUUGAUUGACUUAGAAACCUUACCGUUAGAAGAUGUUUUUGAACAACUACGAACUUCACUUGAUGGACUUACAUCUGAAGAUGCUAAAGCUCGUUUGACAGUGUUUGGGCCAAACAAACUGGAAGAAAAGCCGGAGAACAAGUUAUUGAAGUUCCUUGGGUUUAUGUGGAAUCCUUUGUCAUGGGUUAUGGAAGCUGCAUCAAUAAUGGCAAUAGCCCUUGCCAAUGGCGGAGGUGAAGGCCCUGACUGGCAGGACUUUCUGGGGAUUGUUUGCCUGCUGUUGAUCAACUCAACUAUAAGUUUCAUUGAGGAAAACAAUGCUGGAAAUGCUGCAGCUGCAUUGAUGGCUGGUCUGGCACUAAAAGCAAAGGUUCUCAGAGACAGAGAAUGGCAGGACAUGGAUGCAGCUAUUCUGGUGCCAGGAGAUAUAAUAAGUGUUAAGCUUGGGGACAUAAUCCCUGCAGAUGCUCGGUUGCUUGAAGGAGAUCCACUAAAAGUUGACCAGUCUGCCCUUACAGGAGAAUCUCUUCCUGUCACUAAGAAAACAGGUGAUGAGGUUUUUUCUGGUUCUAUAUGCAAGCACGGAGAAGUUGAAGCUGUGGUGAUAGCUACUGGGGUUCACUCCUUUUUAGGAAAAGCAGCUCAUCUAGUGGACUCCACUUACGUUGUUGGGCAUUUCCAAAAGGUAAUUGUCUCGAUUAAGCACCGCGCCAAAUUGAAACCCAAGCUUGGGAAUUUCUGCAUUUGCUGUAUAGCUGUGGGAAUAGUUCUUGAAAUCAUUGUCAUGUUCCCCAUACAGCAUCGAUUAUAUAGGAAAGGAAUCAACAAUCUUCUCGUGCUCUUGAUUGGAGGAAUACCCAUAGCCAUGCCGACAGUAUUAUCUGUCACACUUGCAAUCGGUUCUCAUGGUCUUUCCAAGCAGGGUGCUAUUACAAAGCGGAUGACGGCGAUUGAGGAGAUGGCAGCCAUGGAUGUCCUGUGUAGCGAUAAAACUGGAACUCUGACAUUGAACCACCUUACAGUUGAGAGCAACCUUGUUGAGGUAUUCAACAAAAAUAUGGACAAGCAGAUGAUUAUUUUGUUGGCAGCGCGAGCAUCAAGAGUAGAGAAUCAGGAUGCCAUCGACGCUGCCAUAGUUAACACGCUAGGAGAUCCCAAGGAGGCACGUGCCAACAUCAGGGAAAUUCACUUCAUGCCCUUCAAUCCAGUGGAUAAACGUACUGCCAUCACGUAUAUUGACUCCGAUGGAAAAUGGUAUCGAGCAAGCAAAGGGGCUCCUGAGCAGAUUUUAAAUCUAUGCCAAGGAAAGAAUGAGAUUGCCAGAAGAGUGCAUUCCAUCAUUGACAAUUUUGCUGAGAGGGGCUUCCGGUCUCUUGGAGUCGCUUAUCAGGAAGUUCCAGGAAGAACGAAAGAGAGCACUGGCGGUCCUUGGAUUUUUUGUGGUUUGUUACCUUUGUUUGAUCCUCCAAGACAUGACAGUGCUGACACUGUACGAAGAGCACUUAACCUUGGAGUUUGUGUGAAGAUGAUUACAGGUGAUCAGUUAGCAAUUGCCAAGGAGACAGGAAGACGACUCGGAAUGGGAACUAACAUGUUCCCAGCUUCAUCAUUGUUGAGCCAUGACAAGGAUGGAACUGAGAUUCUUCUCGUGGAUGAGCUAAUUGAGAAGGCAGAUGGCUUUGCUGGUGUGUUCCCUGAACACAAGUUUGAGAUUGUAAAGAUUCUGCAAGAGAAGAAGCAUGUGGUUGGCAUGACUGGGGAUGGGGUGAAUGAUGCACCUGCUUUAAAGAAGGCAGACAUUGGAAUAGCAGUUGCAGGUUCUACAGAUGCAGCCAGAAGUGCUGCUGAUAUAGUCCUAACUGAGGCUGGGUUAAGUGUGAUCAUUAGUGCUGUCUUAACUAGCAGGGCUGUAUUCCAAAGGAUGAAAAAUUAUACGAUAUAUGCUGUCUCCAUCACUAUCAGAAUUGUGGUUGGCUUUUCACUUUUAGCAUUGAUAUGGGAGUACGACUUCCCGCCUUUCAUGGUUUUGAUAAUAGCAAUACUUAAUGAUGGAACUAUAAUGACCAUAUCCAAAGAUCGGGUUAAGCCAUCUCCAGGGCCUGAUAGUUGGAAGCUCAAUGAAAUAUUUGCAACAGGCAUUGUCAUUGGGACAUACCUUGCUCUGGCGACUGUACUGUUCUACUGGAUUGUGGUACACACUUCUUUUUUCGAGGUAUCAUUCGGAGACAUACAAUUGUACUGUUCUAUAUCCAGUAAUACGGAAAAAGUUUCUUCGGCACUGUAUUUGCAAGUCAGCAUCAUUAGCCAGGCUCUCAUAUUUGUUACCCGGAGUCGAUAUUGGUCAUUCCUUGAGAGGCCUGGAAUUCUCCUGGUGUGCGCAUUUCUAGUGGCUCAACUGGUAGCCACAUUAAUUGCUGUCUACGUGCAUCUCAGCUUUGCCAACAUUAGUGGUAUCGGAUGGAAAUGGGCUGGAGUGGUUUGGCUUUAUUGCUUGAUCUUCUAUGUUCCCCUGGAUAUCAUAAAGCUCACUGUGCGUUAUAUCCUGAGUGGAGAUGCAUGGAAUCUUGUAUUCGAUAAAAAGGCUGCUUUAACUUCAAAGAAAGAGUACUACAGGAAGGAUGAGAGAGCAGGAAAGUGGCAUCUUUCCCACACGACUCUAGAGGGGUUGAGCUCUGCAGAUCCAGAACUAGUUGUUAGGCGAUCUUCUUCGAUGGCUGAGCAGGCAUGGAGGCGUGCCGAAAUGGCCAGACUGGGGGAGCUUCAUAACUGGAAAGGGCACGUAGAGUCAGUAGCGACGCUUAAAAAGUUGGACCUGAAGGGCAUGCAAGGAUCUCACAGUAUUUGAAGUUGCAUGCGUUGCCAGUCAUGAGACUUUGUUGGAAAGGUGCGAGUUGGUAGAUUUUUGUGUCGUUUAUUUUUUUUCACUCAGAGAACCCAGGUUUCAAUAAAAGUGAUGCCAAGUUUGCAGAAUCUCGAGUCUGGGGCUUGCUUUUUUGUGUAACGCAUGCAAUGGGAGUAAUAAUACAAUGAAGGGUAACUGAAAUAUUAUUACAGCCAAGUGAUCCAAGUAGUAUAGUACGUAUAGCAUAAUGUAUCGAAUCCUGAUUCUCUCUUUAUUCCAUCGCAAUGUAUGAAGAUGUAGUCUCUUAUUAAAAAGGGGAUCAUAAGAAGUAAGAAGAGAGGAACACUCUUCGGACUUCCUUGAACCGACUGAAGCAGCGUAACACAACGAAUUGAGAUGCAGUGCUGCAGCUCGAUUGGUUUGCGUAAUGUAGCAGCAAGUGAAGGACAGUGCAUUAAUAUAAGCAUGCAUGCUGUGUAGUUGUUCCUAGCCUGACGGAGUUGACGUAGUUGAUGGGAGAAUGCGCAGAAAUGCCAGGAAGUGCCACUCCGACGACCCUUAGGCACAUAGACAGCCAGCCUUCCCUGUAUUCUGGACCAUUGGUGUAUCCAAUUGUCAAACUCCUCAGCAGCUCCCAAACAGCAUUCAGGUGUACUGCCACUGCAUUCCUUAAACUGAAGAAAUUCUUGUUCGGCUCCUCCUGCAUUUCCUGCUCAAUGUAGAAGCUGUCAUAGUAGAGGCAGUAUCCAAAAUGCUUGUACAGGAAGGUUUUGUCGUCGUAAGGCAGCCUGGGGACCAAGUCGUUGCAGUAGACAACCCUGAAGUACUUGUGCGAAGGAUGUUCGAGAUGAGCUGCCAUGAACUUCCCUAGCUGCGCGUUCCCAAUCCUCGGCUGUCCAAACGUGUAUACUCCCAGCAACCUUUUCAUCAGCUCAUCCUCCUGGUGCAACAGCAGCACGGUUGGGAACAGUAUGGCAAGUGCCGCGCCUAAGCUGUGACCAGUCACCACAAAUUUUGCAUCUUUGUUCUCUGCCAGCAAGCGCUUGAGCUUUUUCUUCACAAGGUGAUGGUCCAAGGUUGAAAUGUCAUUCCUGUUUCCCAAUCCCAUGGCUUCUAUGAAACCCAUGUGUACCUUCCCCAGCUUCGGGAUCUCGUACCACGAGUAGUCGAAGUCUGUACACCAGUCGUCAGCAUCGAAAGGCUCCGUUCCCCUGAAGCUGAUCAGUAUCAACUUGGCGUCUCUGGGCUUGUCGCAGAGUAUGAACACUUGUGUCGACAUUUGCUUCUGGAAAUCAUUCCAGCAGUUGAAGAAGUCCACAAAAUGCAUCUUCCAGUGGCGACUGACAACGGUUUGAACGACCUUGGCGUUUUCAUAAGCCAGCUUGGAGGCCAUAACACAGAGGUCCAUCAGAGCUCGAUUCGGCUCACCAGAGCUGUCUUGACCGCCAAGCAACUGUACUAGUUGAUCAUGGUCAUCAGGGGCAGGGCUGCCC